AUGGCAACCCGAAAGCUCCCUGCUCUGAGAUCAGCUCUCAGAUCGACCAGAGUAGGCUCUUCAGUAUCAUACGCUCAGGCAAGAUGUCCAUAUCAAUUGAUUCAUCAUACUUUCUCUACGACGCACAGUCCUGCCGUUGCUUCCAAAGAAACUACAGACUCGCAAACAAAAUCCACACAUGAGGACUCCACUGGUUCAGCAUCUGCCGGAUAUUCCUCGUCUUCUUCUUCCUCAUCGUCAAGCUCGGCCAGCGACAUUCCAGCCCCGGCAGAUUGGGAAGAGAAUCCAAACUACAAUAUCGAAAAGUUCUCAGAACUACCUCAUUCUAAUUUUGGGGUCAAUCAGCACAUGGUAAUCAACGAUGAGUUCAAAGAAGCUCUGAGGCAGAUCUUAUGGCAAUUCAGAGCCCCAAUUAGGUAUGCAUUUGCGUAUGGAUCCGGCGUCUUCCCUCAAUCGAAACAUACGAAAGCGAAACCUUCAAGCAUUACAUCCAUUCAUUCGAAACCACCCCCAGCAAUUGUUGAACAACAAGGAGGCACCCCUAAGAUGAUAGACUUUAUAUUUGGUGUAUCCUACAGUCAACAUUGGCAUUCCCUGAACUUAAAUCAACAUCGAGAUCAUUACUCGGCGCUCGGCUCACUCGGAUCUGGGGCUGUUACUGCUGUGCAAGAAAAAUGGGGAGCUGGUGUCUAUUUCAAUCCAUACGUUACGGUCAAUGGCACUCUUAUUAAAUAUGGUGUCGUUAAUCUGGAUACGUUGUGUACAGACCUUUCUGAGUGGUCAACACUGUAUCUUGCAGGCAGGUUACAGAAGCCUGUCAAAAUUCUCCGGGACGACGCAAGAGUCCGUCUUGCGAAUCAGGUUAAUUUAAUCUCUGCAUUGCGAACAGCAUUGUUACUUUUACCUCCUGAAUUUACCGAACAGGAAUUGUAUGGCACCAUUGCAAACAUCAGUUACUUGGGUGAUCCAAGAAUGGUCUUACCGACAGAGGAUCCGUCAAAAGUCGCCAAUAUUGUUGGGAAUAACCUUCCUCACUUCCGCCGACUCUAUGCGCCUCUCAUUGACAACCUUCCUAAUGUCGACUUUAACGAUUCUAAGUGCUCCGAUCCAGAAUGGGCAUCUGAUCCAUCAACAAAUAUACGGUUAACUCAAGAUAUGGACCCAAUUCGACGGGGAAACAUGGUGAGACGUCUGCCAAAAUCAUUUCGAUCGAAGCUCUACUUCCAAUACCAGAAGAAAUACCAAAUACCCCGACUAGAAUUUGAUCAAAUGAUUGAGGCUUCGCGUGAUGAAGACGGGACAAGGAUUAAUAGGAGAGAAGGGGGUGGAUUUGAAAGACGGAUUGCCCGAGAACCUCCAGAAGAUUUAAGAUCUGAAGUCCGAAGUGUAAUCAAGAACACGAUUGGAUGGCCUAGUACGAGUCAGAGUUUGAAAGGCCCCUUCACAGCUGGAUUCCGUCGAACGUGGCGGUAUAUGAGUGAAAAGAUGGCGAAGCAUGCGGAAGGGAAGAAGAAAUUGGAGGCAGCAAAGGAAAAGAAACAAGAUUGA